AUGCCUGCGGCCCUGAGAACGUUGGCGCCUUUCCUGCGCGCCUCGCGCCAGGCUCUCCGACCUGGCAGCGCCGCCAACCCUCUCCAGUACUCCCUCAAGUCGCAGAAUGUGUCGUCGGCCCUCAACAUCUACAGAUCCUACGCAGUGUACGAGAGAACAAAGCCGCAUGUGAACAUUGGUACCAUCGGUCACGUCGAUCACGGCAAGACCACCCUGUCUGCAGCCAUCACAAAGCGUCAGGCCGAGAAGGGUCUCGCCAACUUCCUUGAAUAUGGAGCUAUUGACAAGGCCCCCGAGGAGCGCAAGCGUGGUAUCACCAUUUCUACUGCCCACAUUGAGUACUCGUCCGACACUCGCCACUACUCCCACGUCGACUGUCCCGGUCACGCCGAUUACAUCAAGAACAUGAUUACUGGUGCUGCCAACAUGGACGGUGCCAUCAUUGUCGUCGCUGCUUCCGAUGGUCAGAUGCCCCAGACCCGUGAGCACUUGCUGCUCGCCCGUCAGGUCGGUGUCCAGAAGAUUGUCGUCUUCGUCAACAAGGUUGACGCCAUUGAGGACCCCGAGAUGUUGGAGCUCGUCGAGAUGGAGAUGCGUGAGCUCCUCUCCCACUACGGCUUCGAGGGUGACGAGACCCCCGUCAUCAUGGGUUCCGCUCUCAUGGCUAUGGAGGGCAAGCGACCGGAGAUUGGCGAGCAGAAGAUUGAUGAGCUCAUGGAAGCUGUCGACCGCUGGAUCCCCACCCCCGAGCGUGACCUUGACAAGCCCUUCCUGAUGUCUGUUGAGGAUGUCUUCUCCAUUGGUGGCCGUGGAACCGUCGCAUCCGGCCGUGUCGAGCGUGGUGUCCUGAAGAAGGAUUCCGAGGUCGAGCUGGUUGGAAAGGGUGGCGAGAUCAUCAAGACCAAGGUCACCGACAUUGAGACCUUCAAGAAGUCCUGCGACGAGUCCCGUGCUGGCGACAACUCCGGUCUGUUGCUCCGUGGUAUCCGCCGUGAGGAUGUCAGACGUGGUAUGGUCAUCGUCAAGCCUGGCACCGUCAAGGCCCACACCAAGUUCAUGAUCUCCCUCUACGUUCUGACCAAGGACGAGGGUGGUCGCCACACUGGUUUCCACGAGAACUACCGCCCCCAGAUGUUCCUGCGUACCGCCGAUGAGUCUUGCGCUCUCUUCCUCCCCGACGAUGCCGAGGACAAGAGCCGCAUGAUCAUGCCUGGUGACAACGUCGAGAUGGUUGCUCACCUGCACAACCCCAUUGCUAUCGAGGCUGGUCAGCGUGUCAACGUCCGUGAGGGUGGCCGAACUGUCGCCACCGGUAUCAUCACCCGUAUCAUCGAAUAA